UCAUCCUCCGUGUCAGGAUAAACUCCACUCGUCUCAGUCAACUUUGGACAUUAUUAGGCCCGCUUAGCUUGCUAGUUGUUUUAGCGCGCUAGUUAGCUUAGCACGCUAGUUAGCUUAGCGUGCUAGUUAGCUUAGCUUGUUAGCUGCUAACAAAGAGACGCGGAUUUGAUCAACACAUCGCUUAGUUAAGAUCAAGUGUGAGUGUAAAGUGUUGUGAUUGUGUGAAAAUGUGCGAAAGAACGAUGGCAGAGUACAAAGAGGAACUUUCUCGAACAAAAGAAGAGAAUAAGAGACUACUUCAACUACUGGACGCUGUUUUCAAGAAACCUCAAGUUGUGUUACACGGAACAGACGUCUGUGAAAAAUAUCGUCCACCUGAGCAGCAGGAGGGGUCCUCCAGUGUGGAGCAGAAGAGGUCACAGCACUUCCACGUGAAAGAAGAGGAGCCACAGCCCCCCCACUUUAAAGAUGAAGAAAAAGAGCGGCUGUCCCACGACUUCAUAGAGGAAGACAAGAGACACCUCAUCAGUGUGAAGAGUGAAGAUGAUGAGGUCAAAGUUGAAAGUGAGGAAGAGGAGGACCCACUGACACCUCAUUUUAAAGAGGAAGAGAAGGACCCACUGACACCCCAUUUUAAAAAGGAAGCAGUGUAUCCACUGAGCCCUCACAUUAAGGAGGAAAAGGAGGACCCACUGAGCCCUCAUAUUAAAGAGGAAGAUCCACUGACCCCUCUCAUUAAAGAGGAAGAGGAGGAACACAGCAUCAGUCAGCAGGGAGAGCAUCUUGAAGGACUGGAGGAGGUUGAUGUCACCAAGAUGCCAGUGACUGGUGUCCCUGUGAAGAGUGAAGGUGAUGAGGUCAAAGGUGAGAGUGAGGAGAAGAGAGAGGCGGAGCCUCCAAGCAGCAGCUCAACUCAACACAUGACAACAGAAGCUGAUGGAGACCACUGUGGAGGAUCACAAGCAGACAAGCUCUUAGCUCCACUAUCAGAUAGUGAGGACACAACGUCACACUCUCCUGACACUGAUGAUGAAGACUCUAAAGAUGAUAAGACAUGUCACACUGACAACACACACUUCACAUGUUCUCACUGUGACAAAACUUUUAAAUCUAGUAAUUUGAAAAGACACAUGAGAACACACACUGGAGAAAAACCUUUUUCCUGCUCAGAAUGUGGAAAAAGUUUUGUAACAAAUACACAUUUGAAAAUACACAUGACAACACACACUGGUGAAAAACCCUUUUCCUGCUCAGAAUGUGGUAAAAGUUUUGCAACAAAUCAAAGGUUAAAAAUACACACAAGAACACACACUGGUGAAAAACCUUUUUCCUGCUCAGAAUGUGGUAAAAGUUUUGUAACAAAUCAAAGUUUAUAUAUACACAUGAGUACACACACUGGUGAAAAACCCUUUUCCUGCUCAGAAUGUGGUAAAAGUUUUGCAGUAAGUCGCAAUUUAAAAGAACACAUGAGAAUACACACUGGUGAAAAACCCUUUUCCUGCUCAGAAUGUGGUAAAAGUUUUGCACUAAGUCACAAGUUAAAAGAACACAUGAGAAUACACACUGGAGAAAAACCUUUUUCGUGUUCAGUCUGCAAUAAAUAUUUUACUCUCAGGCCCAAUUUAAAAGCACACAUGAGAAUACACACUGGAGACAAACCUUUUUCCUGCUCAGAAUGUGGUAAAAGUUUUAAUCAAAGGGAUCCUUUGAAAAUACACAUGAGAACACACACUGGAGAAAAACCUUUUUCAUGUUCAAUCUGUGGUAAAGAUUUUAAUCAAAGGAAUCCUUUGAAAAGACACAUGAGAACACACACUGGAGAAAAACCUUUUUCCUGCUCAGAAUGUGGUAAAAGUUUUCGAACAAAUUAUAAUUUAAAAGUACACAUGAGAUCACACACUGGAGAAAAACCUUUUUCAUGUUCAAUCUGCGGUAAAGAUUUUACUCAAAAGCAGCAUUUCAAAGCACACAUGAGAAUACACCCUGGAGAAAAACCUUUUUCAUGUUCAAUCUGCGGUAAAGAUUUUAAUCAUAAGGAUCCUUUGAAAAUACACAUGAGAACACACACUGGAGAAAAACCUUUUUCCUGCUCAGAAUGUGGUAAAAGUUUUGGAACAAAUUAUAAUUUAAAAGUACACAUGAGAUCACACACUGGAGAAAAACCUUUUUCAUGUUCAAUCUGCCGUAAAGAUUUUACUCAAAAGCAGCAUUUCAAAGCACACAUGAGAAUACACACUGGAGAAAAACCUUUUUCAUGUUUAAUCUGCGGUAAAGAUUUUACUCAUAGGCAACAUUUGAAAAUGCACAUGAGAUUACACCCUGGAGGAAAACCUUUUUCCUGGUUCAAACACUGAUGACAUUUAUUAAUCAGACAAGAAGCAAGGAAUCAUGCAGAGACAGAGUUCAAUUUAGCUCAUGAGGAGAACGCAUGGAGCCGCACACUUAGUCACAGUCUCGCCCUACGCUCUAAGUUUCAGCUCCCGCGUCCCUCUAUUUAUUCAGGAGUUCCACAGUCAACAUCACUAAGACUGUCUCUAAAAGGAGUGGUCACAUAUAUUAUGCAAAGCAGGUCCAGUACGCACAAUACGUGACGGAAUGUGCUGGGGCCUUGUGAUUUCGCCUUCUCUUCGUCUGCGUGUUGUCAUCUUAUAUUCGUUGAGGUCCUUGAAGUCUCUGCUUCGUCUGCAUGCUGUCGUCUUAUCUUCGUUGAAGUCCUUGGCUGUUAGCGGGUUAAAACAAAGAUAACAUCUGCGGAUGAGGCCACCCUUCAGACAAGGAGUUUUGUCCUUGUACAGAUACAAAAGUCUAACUUGAGCACAAUAGCUAAUAACUAAAGCAACAGACCCCGACUUAAACAAGUUGAAAAACUUAUUUGGGUGUUACCAUUUGGUGGUCAAUUGUACGGAAUAUGUGCUGUACUGUGCAACCUACUAAUAAAAGUCUCAAACAAUCAAAGACUUUAAGCAUUCUAAAGUUGUGUGAUAAUAUACAAACCCCG